UUAGUUGGUCACGUGAGCGCUUCAGUUUCUCUCACUGCUGAAGCAGCUCCUCGCAAACACACACUACAACCGAAAAUCCCCCUUUUACGAGGCACGAGGAGUGUCGCUGUGUGAGAGCGGCGUUUUGCGCUUUACUGAGUGGAAUUGGGGUCUGUUUGUGGAGUUUGGGGUCUGUUUUUGUCGCGUUUAAUCCUUUGAGGUAAUCUGGGAUUCUUGAGGCGGGAAUGAGAGAGAUGCGCUCGAGCGCUUAACGUACUGGACUUUCACUCUGUGAGGAGCAAACAGGUGAAGACAGCAGGAAAAUUCAGUAGAGAUGAGUGGUGAGUCGAGACAGGAGGUGGUGACGACCCCUCCGCCCCCCAGCAUGGGGAAAAAAGAGGGCUACUUCGACCGCAUCAACGAAAACGACCCUGAAUACCUGCGUGCACGCAACAUGUCGCCAGAUCUGCGACAAGACUUCAACAUGAUGGAGCAGAAGAAAAGGGUCACACAGAUACUACAGAGUCCAGCAUUUAGGGAUGAGCUAGAGGGACUGAUCCAGGAACAAAUGAACAAGGGGAACAACCCCACAGGACUGCUCGCUUUGCAGCAGAUCGCAGACUUCUUCAUGGCCAGCUCCGUAGCCGGUUUCUCCACCUCACCCCUCAGUUUGGGCAUGGUGACCCCAAUAAACGACAUGUUCAGCAUGGAGUCCAGUACUGUGGUGAAGGGAGAGAAACAGAUCCGCUGCAAACUGGCCAGCCUCUACAGACUAGUGGACCUGUUCAAUUGGGCCCACUUCACAAGCUGUUACGUUACAGUUCGUGUCAGUAAGGAGCAGGAUCAUAUCCUCAUCAUCCCCAGAGGACUUUCCUUCGCUGAGGCCUCUGCGUCCAAUCUGGUGAAGAUGAAUAUUAUUGGUGACGUGAUCAAUCAGGGAUCCACCAACCUGCAGAUCGACGCGGCUGGCUUUAGCCCUCACGCUGCCAUUUACUCCGUGAGACCUGAUGUGCGCUGCGUCAUUCACAUAAGCACACCGGCCACUGCUGCUGUGUCGUCUAUGAAGUGCGGCCUUCUGCCCAUCUCUCAGGAGGCUCUGAUCCUGGGUGACAUUGCCUAUUACAACUACCAAGGCAGUCUGGACGAGCAAGAGGACCGCAUAGAGCUGCAGAAAGCCCUCGGACCAUCAGCGAAGGUGUUGGUUUUAAGGAAUCAUGGGGUUGUAGCUCUCGGUGAGACCAUUGAAGAGGCCUUUCACUACAUUUACAACGCUCAGUUUGCCUGUGAAAUACAGGUGAAUGCGUUCUCGUGCGCUGGAGGAGUGGAGAACCUAAUCGUCUUGGAUCUGGAGAAGUACAGAUCUCGGACGCAGGGGGUGGCAGAAGCUGGGGUCAACAUGGGCUCUCAGCACAAGUGGAGGCUGGGAGAGCUGGAGUUCGAGUCGCUCAUGAGAAUGCUGGACAACCUGGGUUACAGGACAGGCUACACGUACCGGCACCCCAUCGUGCGGGAGAAGCCGCGGCACAAGAGCGAAGUGGAGAUUCCUGCGACAGUGACGGCGUUCAUGUUCGACGACGAUGACACUCCACGCUUCCCUGUGAAGUUACUGCAGCAGCGACAGCAGAGAGAGAAAACACGCUGGCUCAAUUCACCCAACUGCUACAUGAAGGUGAACGUGUCGGACGGGGCGAGCGAGGAGAACGGACGCACCAAGACCAUGUGGAUGAAGUCUGAUGACGGUGGAAACACCAGUGGGACUCCGAUCCGCAUUGAAGAUCCCAACCAGUUUGUUCCUCUGAACACGAACCCCAGUGAAGUUCUGGAGAAGAGAAGUAAGAUUCGUGAACAGAACCGGUUUGACAUGAUGACGGCAGGGCCGCAGUCACAGCGGCUGGCAGGGAUUGUGGUGGAAAGACCCCCGGGACAGUCGCCAGUGCAGCCGUACACAGGCGAUGACGAGGAGCAGACAGGACCACUUCCUCCAAACCCCUUCAGCGAGCUGAGCGAGAAAGAGCUGGAGGACUACCAGAAACGAGUAGAACGACAGCAGCUCGGAGUAUACGAUGAAGAGCAGCUCACGUCAGACGACGCUUCCACACUCUCUCAGUCAGUGUCUCCACAAAACACUCCCGCUAAAGAAGAGAACCACAGCGGUGUGAUGCUGAACGGUAAAGACGACCACGGCGACGAGGACGAGCUGAUCAAGCGUGUGAGCCAGCUGACCACCAGCGUGGAAAGCGUCGAGAUCAGCGUGCGCUCGGGAGAGAAGAUCGAAGAGGCUCUGACGCCCGAGAGCUCGCCCUCCAAAUCACCCAACAAGAAGAAGAAGAAGUUCAGAACCCCGUCCUUCCUGAAGAAGAACAAAAAGAAAGACAAAGUGGAAGCCUAGAGGACGGAGAGCAUCCACGUCUGUCGCUUUGUCUGUCUUUGUUUGUCGUUUUAUGUUUCUACGUUUGUUUUU